CCUGCUAGUUUCGAUAAUCUCAACUCUUAUUUUACCAGAUAACGCCUAUCGAGAUAAUAGCCAAUAUUUUACACACGGUUGUUUCAAAUUUCAAUAAAGUGGACGAUGUUAAUUGUCAAAUGCUAAAAAGUUACAGCUGUUUAAACUAAGCAGCUAAACAGUCAAUUGCUGGAUAGCUACCAGCUAAACUAAUGAGGUUAGCUGGUUAGCUGCAAUGGCAACAUCCGUGCCUUCACUGGUCCCUGCACCAGCACUGAGCCAGAGGGUCCGCAGGGCUGCACUGAAGAAAGAAAGAAGAAAACGGAAACGCCAAGCCCUUGCCCAAGCCAGGGAAUGCGGUGUAAAAAAUGGAGGGACUACUACGGAAGAGGAGGAAAAUGAUGAAAACGCUGAGAAAGAAAGCCAACAGCUACAUGAAGAAUGGCUGGAAAGAGAGAGAGUUGCACAGGAGGAAUUCAAGCUAAAGCAUGAGAGGGAGGAAGCUGCAAGGAAGCGAAAGGAAGAGGAGGAGCAUAAGAUAAAGGCUGAAUGGGAGGCGCAACAGAAGAGAGAGCAAGAUGAGCAAGAUAAAAAGCAGCAGGAAAAGCGAGACAGAGAGGAAGCUGUUCAGAAAAUGUUGGACCAAGCUGAAAGUCAGCUCGAUAAUGGAGGUCCAUGGAUGAAUCCUGAGGCUCCAGUGACUGAGAACUCUGCGAACUAUGGAACAGAACGGGACAUAGCCAACUGUCCAUUCUUCCUCAAGACAGGAUCGUGUCGAUUUGGAGAGAGAUGCUCUCGUAAGCAUGUUUAUCCCACAACCAGCCCUACUUUGUUGAUCCGUGGCAUGUUUGUGACGUUUGGCAUGGAGCAGUGUCGGCGUGAUGAUUAUGACACAGACGCGUGUUUGGAGCACAGCGAGGAGGAGCUUCAAGAUUAUUUCCUGGAAUUUUACCAUGACGUUCUGCCAGAGUUCAGGAGUGUUGGCAAAGUGGUUCAGUUCAAGGUCAGCUGUAACUUUGAACCACACCUAAGAGGAAAUGUUUAUGUCCAGUUUGACACAGAGGAUCAGUGCAGAGAGGCCUUCCUCAAGUUUAAUGGGAGGUGGUAUGCAGGGAGGCAGCUUCAUUGUCAGCUUUGCCCUGUUACACGGUGGAAGAAUGCAAUAUGUGGAUUAUUUGACAGAAAGAAAUGUCCCAAAGGGAAAAACUGCAACUUUCUGCAUGUAUUUCGUAACCCUGGUAAUGAGUUCUGGGAGGCGGAUCGAGACCUGCACAUAUCGCCAGAUCGUAGUGGCGAGUCGACUCAUAAAAUGGGUAGGUAUUCAGAGCGAUAUGGGGAACGAUCAUGGAGGCAACGUCAUAGCAGUAGAAGUCCCCCAAGAUCCGAGAGAUCCCACAGCAGGAGAGGAGGUGAAAAGCGACGGAGCCGUAGCAGGAGUAGGGAGAGGAGUCGAGACACCAGGGCCUCUCAUUGUCAGAGAGAAGACAGCAUACAGAGUGAGAGGAGGUCAUCCAGGUACAGACCCACCAGCAGUAGGAAGGACCGGUAUCGGAGCAAGAGUAGAGAUAGGGGGAGGAAUCGAGACCGGUCGAGGAGUGGGAGUAGAGAUGGAGAGCGAGACAGGCUUUGGAACGAGAGUAGAGAUGAGGACAGAGGGCAAAACAAGCAUAAGGGUAGGAGUCGAGAAAGGGAUAGGUCUAGGAGCAGAAGUGGAGACAGGGAAAGGAAGAAGCAAAUUAGAGAAAAAGGCAGUACUCAAAGCCCAAAGAAACCAGAUUGGAGAGACGAAACAGGUGAUGUUAACACCCACACACAUCGGCAACAUAAGCGCUCAAAAAAAAGCAAGAAAAAGAGCAAGAAGAAACACAAGAAGAAGACAGGACAUUUCCCUGAAGUAGUGACUUCAUCUGGAGACUCUGAGAAGGAGGAAGAGAUUGAGGAAAAGAAAGAAAAGGAGCACUUCCCUGUGACAAGUCCGAGUAAGAAGGUGAAUGAAGUAGACCUGGUUUGGAGAGCAGGUGACCACAUGGAUUUGAAUUCUGACUCUCAAAAUGAUGAGAACAAGUCUACCCCAGAGAUUAAAAGUAAUAAGUCGCACCUAGAAAUACCAGCUGAUCUGACUGGAAAUGGUGACAGUUGUACUCAUUAGGGACUCUCAUAGUCUGCAUGUCUAAUUUUGUUUUUUUUUUUUUUUUUUUUUUUGCUGAGGUUGAUUUAAGUUCUAGGAAUGGACGAAAAAACCCUUUUCAGUUUGAAAUAGCUGUGCUAUCUUUUCAGCUAUCAUGCCAUGAAGGUAGCUUUUGCAAUUCACAUUUUUCAUUGUAGCCUUUUUGUAAAUGUGUAAAUAAAUGUUUAAAAUUUUUGUGUUGCUUUGUUUUUGUUCAGGGCGGCACAGUGGUUAGCAUGGUCGUCUCACAGCGAGAAGGUCCUGGGUUCAAACCCUGGGGUUAUCCAACCUAGGGGGUCAUCCCAGGUCGUCUUAUGUCUGGA